AUGUUGUUUGAGGAUGUAUCUGUGGACUUCACCCAGGAGGAGUGGCAGCUACUGGACCCUGUUCAGAGGCUCCUGUACAGGAAUGUGAUGCUCGAGAACUACAGGCACCUGGUGUCACUGGGGCACUGUGUUGCCAAACCUGAGCUGAUAUUCAAGUUGGAGCAAGGAGAAGAACCAUGGAUGUUGAAAAGAAAACUGCCAAAUCAGGGACGCUCAGGUGAUAAAUGUGAGAAAUCCUUUUUUGAGAAGUCAAAAUGUACUCAACAUCAGAGAACACACUUGGGGAAUAAACCUGAUGAGGGUAAUGAAAGUGGGAGGAACUUAAGUAGAAAGUCCCACCUCACACAAAAUCAGAGAGCUCACAAAGGAGAGAAAACCUAUGACUGCAAUAACUGUGGGGAAAGCUUCCAUAAGAAAACAGACCUGACUCAACAUCAGAGCACACACACAGGAAAAAAACCCUAUGAAUGUAAUGAAUGUGAAAAAUCCUUCUUUGUGAAGUCCAACCUCACCGAACAUCAGAGAACUCAUACAGGAGAAAAACCAUAUGAAUGUAAUGAAUGUGGAAAGUCCUUCUGCCAAAAAUCAGCCCUCACAGUACAUCAGAGAACUCACACAGGAGAGAAACCAUAUCAAUGUAAUGAAUGUGGGAAAACCUUCUGUGUGAAAUCAAACCUUACUCAACAUCAAAGGACCCACACAGGAGAGAAACCCUAUAAGUGUAGUGAAUGUUGGAGAUCUUUCUGUGUGAAAUCUAAUCUCAUUGUGCAUGAGAGAACUCAUACAGGAGAAAAACCCUACAAAUGUCCUGAAUGUGGGAAAACCUUCUAUGAGAAGUCAGCUCUCACAAAACAUCAGCGAAUUCACACAGGGGAAAAACCCUAUGAAUGCAAUGAAUGUAGAAAAACCUUCAGCCAGAGGUCAGCCCUCACCAAACAUCAAAGAAAAACACAUAAGAAGAAAACUCCCAUCAACCCUCUCCAUUCCACAGAGGCUGUGCCGCUGUACCUGGCCAGCCGUGCGGGCGACACCAAGCACCGGAGGCUGAAGUUCUGCAAGAGCCACAGUCUCCUGGGCUGGGGACUGCCCUCAGGUGGCUUCCACAACCGCUACUUCAUCCUCAACCACAGCUGCCUGCCGCUCUGCAAGGAGGUCCGGAGUCACCAGCCCGCCAAGAGUCUCAAAGUCUACCUGGGGGCGAAGAAGAAACUCCAGCCGCCCACCUGCUGGGGCUUCACGGUGGUGCAGGAAACAGAGAUACAUGUGUCAUCCCCUACUGCCUCUCAUCUCAGCCACAGCCCUGAGCAGUGGUACCUCUGCUGUGACACACAGAUGGAGCUUCUGGAGUGGCUUGCCACCUUCCUCUUGGUGCAGCACGAUGGCCCAGUGUGGCCCUCAGAGUUGUCCCGGGCGGUGACUGAGGUCAGGCUGGGCAAGCGUGUCGUUGAUCCCCCUGGCGGCACUGGAAACGAAAUGCGCCGGAGCAUGUCUUCACUGCGGACCGCCUUUCUCUCUUCCGCAGCGUUGGAGCACAGGAGCUCACUCCUGGCUCUGGGACUGCGCGCCGGGAAGCUUUCCUAUUCGGUCACCCUCGUGUCCUCCGUGCCUGUGUGA